CCAUCAUCCAUGUCUAGACCUGGGUCCUUCAGUGGAGGUCUCCAUGCCAGUACUUUGGCCCCGGGUUUUCUGGCUGCUGCUGCCCUGGUGCUGGGGGAGUAGGGCGUGCCGCUGAGUCACUGCCUGGGCAUCUGGGUCUGGAACCACGGGUCCAAGAUGUCCAGUCCCCUGGAGCAGGCGCUGGAGGUGAUGGUCACUACCUUCCACAAGUACUCUGGCCAAGAGGGCGACAAGUUCAAGCUGAGUAAAGGGGAGAUGAAGGAGCUUCUGCAGAAGGAGCUGCCCAGCUUUGUAGGGGAGAAGGUGGAUGAGGAGGGGCUGAAGAAGCUGAUGGGCAACCUGGAUGAGAACAGCGACCAGCAGGUGGACUUCCAGGAGUAUGCCGUGUUCUUGGCUCUCGUUUCCAUCAUGUGCAAUGACUUCUUCCAGGGCUACCCAGACCGGCCCUGAGGACCCACUCUGGACUUGGGCCACCAAUCUCUUGGGUUCAGGAGGACUCUCCGUCCCUUUUAAUUUUGUACUCAAUAAAGAUUUUUAUUUGUUG